GGCGGAGAGAGGCCUCAGCAGCUUCUCGGGAGCUCAUUUGAAACUUCCGAGGAAGGGCAGAAGGGAAAGAAGCGGCUGAAGCGUAGAAGAAGCUGGGACUCUUCCCUCCAGGCUGAGGGCAGCGGGAGCGGCAGGUGCAGGCAGAGGGCACCUAGAGCCACACAAUGGAAGAGACGGAUGUCUAAGAGUUUCUUUUUGUCUCUGUCGCCCAUGGCUGAAGCCUGGAGGCUGGAAGAAGAAGAGGAGGAGCUGAAAGAGCUCGGCAGAAGGCAUAGGAGAGCUAGCUUGAACCCAGCAACAGAUCGUUCUGAAAGAAAUAAACCUGACCACCGUUCUCCAGGCCAAGGUCCCCUGUCGUCCAUUAAAGCAGCCAUCAAGAGAACUUCUAGGACUUCUGGCCACAGUGAACAACAAAGAGAAAGGAGGCGUCCUGAAAUCACUAUAGUUGCAGCUGAGCCAAUUGGGCCAUCCUCCUGGUUUCCAGGUGGAAAUCACGUCUCUCAACCAGGGCUAGUGUUUCAAUCGUCUCAUACUCGGGCUUCUUGGAGAACAAAUGAGCUUGUUCCAGCUGAGCCACCUUCAUAUGAGCAGGUAAUCAAAGAGAUCAAUCAAGUGCAAGUCAACACUAUCAGCAACAAUAAUGCUUCCAGUGCUGCUAAUUCUAGAUGUACUGCUACAUCUUCAACACAGACUGACUUUCCAGAAGAGAUAAUCAGCAGUUUGCCAGGAAUAAAUGAGAAAAGUAAUCUGCAUGCUCUCUGUGAAUGUGAAAACAUUCCAGCUGUGCCAAUUCCUCGCAAGCCACCCAGACCUUCGUCAUCUCUGCUGAUCAGCAGUCCUUCCAAAAAUGAGGAACUUCUAGUUGUGUUGGAAGAGCGUACAUAUCAGGAGAAGCCUAAUGCUGUAAUAUGUCCUGUUCCAAAACCAAGAUCAAAAGGCAAUCUGAAACCUGUUGUUAGAGAUACUCAGAAUAACACACAAGACAAUCAAGAAGCGAGCCAGUCAAAUACUGAAAAGGACACAUCAGCAAUUCAGCUGCUGUCUCUAUUAGAUGACAGUCUUUGGAACAGUCAUAUGGUGAUGGACAGUAUGGAUACAGAUAAGAGCCAAAGUAGUAUAGUAUCUCGGAUUAAAGCUUUUGAAUUGCAAGCAAAUACUGAAACUGCAGGAUUAACAAAGAAGCCAGAAAUAUCUCCACGCUCAUUAGGCCCCAAACCCAUAAUUAGUGCAAAAAAACCUGUGGUGGCACCAAAGCCGGGGACUCACAGAACUUCAAGUGAGUGGGAUUCAUGGACAGAAAGCAAACUAAAGGCCAUUUCCCAAGAAAGGCACCCUCAGGAAGCUGGGAACAACACUAUAACCAAGCCUGAAUUGCCCAAAAAACCAAAAUCAGGCAUUGUAAAAAGCCGCAGCAAUGGACUACUUAAUUCAAGAAGCAGGUCAGCUUCAGAGAACAGUGAUGGACAGAGAAAAUCUCCCAUUCCAGCUCCCAGGCCACUUGUUCCCAAGAAGUCAGUCUCUUUUGACAGUCCUGCUCUUCCCAUACUUCCACUAAAGCCAGUAAGUGCUACUCCCAAGAUCUCCAUAGCUGCCCAGUCUAAUGCUUUCAGAUACCUGGCGGAGCCCCCUACAGCAUCUCUAAUGCAGAGCAAGCCAUUCAGGGAAGGUGAUCUAAUCAGCUUUGAUGAUGAUGAUGUUUUACCCCUUAACUCUGUUGGGACUCCUCAAGCACUUACUCAGUCAGAAUCAGAUCGUGUCAAUUUGCCCUCCAAACAAGAGCCUGCAAAAGAACAGGCAGUUCAGCCGUCUGUUGUGCGGAAACCUACUGUGAUCCGAAUCCCAGCUAAACCAACAAAAGCUUUAAAUGAAGUUCCAGAAAGCCCACCUCCACUUCCGACAGAGAAACCAAUAGGGAACACAUCUGGCAUUACAGCUGGAAAACCCAAUAACAUCAAAACAACAAAAAAGGUGGAGUCUGAGCAUUCCAGUUUGAAACAGUCAUCCAAGAACGAACCUAUAAUGCCCCCAAGGCCUAGUGAAGGGAAAACCAUGCCAACUCGACCUCCUCCACCAAAGGGUGCCCCUGGAAGGCCACCACCACCAAAGUCUACCAAGGCCUUAUCACAAAUGGACAGGCUUUCUCACUCAUCGUCUGAUGUGAACCUCCAUAAACAACCCGACAUAUUUGGGUUAGGAGUCAAGAGAACAAAGAAUGAUGUUAAAAAUCAAGAUCCAGCUUUACCUCCUCGACCCAAACCAGGUCACCAGCUCUACAAUAAAUACAUGCUUUCUGUGCCCCAUGGAAUUGCCAAGGAAGAUAUUUCACCCCAAAAUCCUGGCCACCUCUCUUGCAAGCGUGGAGAUGUCCUUGUGCUGGUGGACCAUGUUAACAACAGCUUCAUUGAAUGCCAAAAGGGAGACGAAACUGGCAAAGUUCAGUUAUCCCAGAUGCAGAUAAUAACUCCGCUGGAUGAGAGUUUGAAAAGCAGGCAAAGGGAUUUGGACAAUAUGCGGAAGAUUUCUGACCCAUGUGUUCCUCAUGCGACAGUGCUUCAUGAUUUUCGAGCAGAACAUCCUGAUGAUUUGAACCUUGAUUCUGGAGAGACUGUUUAUCUUCUGGAGAAAAUAGAUGAGUGGUACAGAGGAAAAUGCAAGAAUCACACAGGGAUAUUUCCUGCUAGCUUUGUCAAAGUUAUUGUUGAUAUUCCAGGAGAAAGCAACAGGGAAAAAGUGCACUUUUCAUCAUCAAGUAUUGUAGGCCCUAGAUGUAUAGCUCGAUUUGAGUACAUUGGAGAUCAGAAGGAUGAAUUAAGCUUUUCAGAAGGUGAAAUUAUUAUUUUGAAGGAAUAUGUCAAUGAAGAAUGGGCUAAAGGAGAGCUGAGAGGCACGUCUGGAAUUUUCCCCCUGAACUUUGUAGAAAUUAUUGAAGAUCUACCUGAAUCAGACGGCGGAACACCACUGAAGAACAAGAAUUCUGUGCCUGUGUCACAGCUGGAAGGGCUUGCUGGAGAAUGGUGUGAUGCACUGCAUGAUUUUACAGCAGAAACCCAAGAAGACUUGUCGUUUAAAAAAGGAGAUCACAUCUUGAUAUUAGAGCACUUGGACUCAGAGUGGUACAGAGGAAGACUUAAUGGAAAGGAAGGAAUUUUCCCUGCAGUGUUUGUUCAUGUUUGCUCAGGAGGAACACAGUCAUCACAGUCUCUCAGUGGUAAGAAAGGAAAAGCCAAGGCUUUGUAUGACUUUCAUGCUGAGAACAUCGAUGAACUCUCCUUCAAGGCUGGUGAUAUCCUAACAGAACUGGAACCUGUAGAUGAAGAAUGGAUGACCGGAGUGCUACAUGGGAAAUCUGGAAUAUUUCCAAAAAAUUUUGUCCAGAUUAUACAUCCCUCCUAAAGAUGAAAGCCAGUUUUGGACUAUCUACCUAUACAAGCAAAUACCUUACUAGCACAGAAGCACAUUAUACUCCAGGCAGCAGAGGUUGCCCUCUGUGGUCACUUGAUCUAAUAUUUGACUAUCAAAUGCAUUUUUGCACUAUUUUUAUAAAACGUAUACUAGAUUGGAAACAAAA